AUGGUAUCUUAUCAUGUUUAUGUACCAUUGCUAUUGAGGCUUGCAAAUGAUGUAGAGGAAAAUCCAGGCCCAAUUAAUAUCUAUGAUAUUGUUGAUCAUAGUUUUACGGUUCGAGCAGACUUCAACCAAGGUAAUAUAUCCAUGUUUGGAAUAAAUGCUGGAAAACAAUGUGUUGCCAUGUCAAUUUAUGCUAUUGUAUACAAUGAAAUAAAAUCUGUUAAUAUUUGGGAUACACCACUUAUGAACAUGCUUCUAGUUAAUGCAAACAAUCUUUAUGCCAUAAUUAGUCAGCACAUUCAGAAAGAUUUCUUAUUGCUCACUGAUGUUCCUGAAAUAUUGUCUAUCAGCAAUGAUACUUUUAAUUUGGAGUACAGUGACUCUUUUUCUGGAGCAUUAUGGAUGGAAUACAACAAUGAACCGUAUGUUACACUUGAACAUGCCUUUCAUGAAGUAUUUGAUGCUGGUAAUUAUAAAGCAUGUUUACUUACUAUUCGAGCAAACACUGUUGCAGUUUUAAUGCCUUUCCCAGAUGUAUUUAAAGUUUUUGAUUCUCAUUCACGAGAUAUGCAUGGAAUGCCAGCAGCAAUGGGUUAUAGUGUUUUAGUUUCUAUUGAAGGAAUUCAAAACCUUAUACAUUUUUUUCAUAACACUAACAGUUGUAAGUUCUAUCCUGGACAAAAUAGUCAAAAUAGUCUAUUUGAGUUGAAGGGUGUGAAAUGUCAUAGAAACAUUUCAUUGUCAAAUAGUUUGGAUAACACAGAGAAUGACACAACAUCAAAUAACCAUGAACAACAAAGAAAACAACAAGAGUCUGUUGUAGAAAGAGAAAACAGACUUGAAAAGCUAAGAGAGAAGCAAAGAGAGAAAAGACAGCAAGAAUCUGUUGUAGAGUGGGAAAAUAGACUUGCAAAGCAAAGAGAGAGAAGAAAACAGGCAAAACAACAAGAAACUGUUUCAGAGAGAGAGAAUAGACUUGCAAAGCUAAGAGAGAGAAGAAAACAGGCAAAACAACAAGAAACUGUUUCUGAGAGAGAGAAUAGACUUGCAAAGCAAGGAGAGAAAAGAAAACAGACAAAACAACAAGAAACUAUUACGGAGAGAGAGAAUAGACUUGCAAAGCGAGGAGAGAAAAGAAAACAGGCAAAACAACAAGAAACUAUUAUAGAGAGAGAGAAUAGACUUGCAAAGCGAGGAGAGAAAAGGAAACAGGCAAAACAACAAGAAACUGUUUCAGAGAGGGAAAAUAGGCUUCAAAACCAGCGAAAAGCAAGAAGGUUGAAAAGGCAAAAUGAAACUGUCGAACAAAGAGAGCAAAGACUAGCAAAAGUAAGAGCUAAUUAUCAGGAAAAUAAAAGUAGACAUUCUAGAAAAAACAAACAAUCUCCUCCAUCAGGUUGUCAAGGGCCCAAUAAUGAUAACAAUAUAUCACAUAAUAGUGUAUCACAAUUGAUACAUAAAUUCCAUAAAUCUGUAUCAACAGGUCCUCUGUAUAUAUGUUCAUGCUGUGAUCAAUUAUGGUAUAAACAUAGUGUUUGUCCAGCCGAAAGACUUCGAUUAUCCAAUCCAAAUGCUACUAAACAUCUACAAGGUAUUAAAAGUGUGGAUAAUAUUGAAUGGCUGUGUUUGACAUGUGACAAACAUCUUAAAAAGGGUAAAGUGCCACCCUCUGCAAUUACAAAUGGCAUGAAGUUUCCAACAAAACCUGACUUCUUUGAUUUAAAUGAAUUAGAAUGCAGACUUAUAGCUCCAAGAUUGGCAUUUCAAAAAAUAAUGCAAGCUCCGAGAGGACGGCAACUUAAAAUUACUGGUAAUGUUGUGAAUGUACCAGCAGACAUAUGUAAUACUUUUAACAUGCUACCCAGGUUGCCACAAGAUACUGGGACUAUUAAAGUUCAAUUAAAACGUUGA